UCAUUCACUUUUGGAGGUGCUCAGUAGGAGUCGCUGUUUGCAGUGCCUGCUCUGUUAAGAAGAUGAUAACGGUGGAGACUUUUCGUGUGCAAAAGAAUAGAGUAAACAUGAGCGCCAGGCGAGCUCGCCUUCUUAACGGAAAAGCAGACUAUCGACCUAAAAAAAUGUGCGGGAAGCCACCGCCAUGCUCAGACAGCGACGUGUGUCAGAUAGACGAGGAGAAGGAAGAUUUCCGCGAAGACCUGUCUGAAAUUACGCAGAGACUGAGCAGUACCCUUUCUCUAGUAGUGGAGGGUGCCUUGGCCGAGAUCUCCCGGUUAUUUGACCACCGCGUCCGCCUCUUAAAAGCCGGACUGCUAGAGAAAUCAAAAGAGAACAGGCUGCUGAGAAUCCGGCUUGAAGUGGCGGAGACUCGUCUGCGAGGAAGCGCCGAUUCUGACAAGCAUUUUAACAAGGAUCGUUCGCCUGAACAGGGGCGCAGGAGUGGCAGUGGCGGUCAGGCCGGGCGAUUAAAUGAUGAGCAAGAUAACUGCGGACUAGGCGCUAGCCCGCUUUCUGAUUCUCUACACGGGGAUGGCACCAGUCAGGGGCCGCAAGAUAGGCGGAAAAAGAUGUCAAAGCCCGUGGACUUGCAAGAAGAAGCGAAUCGGGAGAGCCCUGGUAACUCCCCAGAUAGCGGACCCGGCACCUCGGAGGAUUUUAACUGGAUGGAGCAGGUGGCAAGAUGGGGUCGUCAACGAGAUACGGGUGUCCAAGCUGAUUCUGACCCAAUAAAAGGGGAUGGUGCCAAACUUGAAUAUUCCCCUCUACCAGAUGAUAAUGUGGACCUGGAGUCAGUUCAUAUUAAAGAAGAACUUGAUGAUCCUGAAGUAGAAUUUGUCCGUGUCACUGAUGAUAGUCCUGAUGAUUCCUAUGAUGAUAAUGAAAUGACAAUAAUUCAAAAUAAUGAUGCCCAAGAUCAGAUAAAUGACAGGCAGUCUUCCCAAAUCAGUGUCUCAGAAGAUCAGUACAAUGAAGAUGUAGAUGAGAGGACUCAGCUUGGGAUGAUGGUGAGUGGCUCUCAUUCAGUACGCAUGAGUGAUCGCAGCCUGGAAACACUGGCACUGCAGAUGAGAUACAGCAGCUGUACAAGAAGGACAGCUAAUAAUGACCUAGGAGAAGAUGAAGGGCCAUCUGGCUCGGCAACUAGUAUGACCUAUGCCCAGGCAGAAGUGGAAUCUCUUCUGUGUCCACAAUGUGGAGUCUGUGUUCCUGGAGAACGGUUUCUUGAGGAGCAUAUAAAAGUGAUGCAUCAAGACAGUUCAGAAUUUCAACAGCGACUACAGCAGACAGUGUUUCCAUUGUCGUCAACAGCUGUUGAACGCUUCCAACGCACUCCUGCAUUGAAGUCUGUGGGUGAGGAGGGACAAGCCUCUCAUCUGUGUCCUGACUGUGGAAAAGUUUUUAAUUAUCUUGGCAACCUAAAGCAGCACCGACGCAUUCACACUGGGGAAAAACCAUAUCACUGUGCAGAGUGUGGUAAGAAUUUUCGCCACUCAGGUCAGUUUAAAACACACAAACGGACGCAUACAGGAGAGACGCCAUAUGCUUGUACGGAGUGUGGGAAGAGUUUUACGGUCCUGUCCACCUUAAAAAGACACCAGAGAAUUCAUACAGGAGAGACCCCUUAUCAGUGCAGCGAAUGUGGGAAACGCUUCAAAGAACUUGGCAACCUGAACACACACCAGAGAAUUCAUACGGGGGAGACGCCUUAUCAGUGCACCGAAUGUGGCAGGCAGUUCAGGCAUCUGGGCACACUGAAGGCACACAAAGCAACACACACUCUACUAUACUAGAUAUACAACCCUGAGGCAGGAAUGACUGGCUGGUUACUUAUAUUCUGGAGUAUAAGUAUUGUCAGUAACUAAUAACUGGAUUGUGGUCUGCAUCUUCAUUUGCUGUUGCUAUGAGCUUGUUAAAACAAUAGCUAUCUGUAAACAGUCCUUCUUUUAAAGAGUAAGAGUAAUGUUUUCUAAAUAAGCUAAUGACCAUUCAUAACACAACUUAAUAAUACUGGAGCAGUGGAUGGCAAACUGCUGUUUUCCUUUUUCUAACACAAACCAUGUUUUACAGGAAAACAAAAACAGUUUGCCAAAAAUGUUAUAUUAUUUAGUUAACUUAUACUUAAGAAGACCCUUGUUGGAACUAGCAUUUAAUUAAAACUGGAAGUUUGUGGAGUAUUCCUGAAGAGAUGUUCUUAAAAUUUGUAUAACGUGCAUUUCAUAGUUCAAAGUAAGUAGGCUAUGUUUAACCAUAACAUUUUUACCCUUUUUGUUACUUAUUUAUUAAAGGUUCAGUGAAAAAUAUAAAUGUUACAUAGGAGUGUCUGUCAAAUUGAAGUGUAGUUUUUCAGCUAUAAUUUAACCAAAUGUAUCUGAUAUACUCUUUUGUUGUAUAUACUAAAAAAAAAAUGCAAUAAAAAGAACCACAUCUGACAGAAGG